GCCGCCCUCCGCAGCCGCCCCGCCAGGACCCCCGCUGCAGGAAAUGAUAGAAGCUGGCCUCGAAUCCAUAAUGUCAGGAAUUAUUCAAAGCUCAGGGCGGAGUCACCACCCCUCUGCACAGGACUACAGGCUCCUACCUCCCACUGGUGAUGACGACCUCCCCGGGGACCUGCAGUCGCUGUCAUGGCUCACGGCUGUGGACGUGCCUCGGUUACAGCAGAUGGCAAGUGGCCGCAUGGACCUGGGCAGCCCCGGUGUGCCACAUCCGCACCCUGGUGCCCUGGCUGGGACAGCUGACCUGCACUUGGGCGCCACUUCCGGUCCCCUGCUCCGGGGCCCUACUGCCAUGGCCCCCCGAGGCAUGAUGGGCCUGGGCCCCAUAGGCAGCUGCAGAGCUAAUAUGAACCAGUUCCCCAUGGGGGGCCAAUCCCCUAGUAUCCAGGAUGCGGGGGCACAGCUGUACUCCCCGGCCACCCACCUACAGUUCCCGAUGCCCACAGCGGCCCAGCAGUGUCCUCCGGGGGGCAUCUACGGCUCUCCAUUUGGGGCACGGAAUCCCUACCCGCAGGCCCACGGGACCGGACACUCAUCUCAGGAGCGUUAUCCCAAACACUACCCCAAGCCUAUCUACUCCUACAGCUGCCUGAUCGCCAUGGCUCUGAAAAACAGCAAGACGGGCAGCCUGCCCGUGAGCGAGAUCUACAGCUUCAUGAAGGAGCAUUUUCCCUACUUCAAGACGGCACCUGAUGGCUGGAAGAACUCGGUGAGACACAACUUGUCCCUGAACAAGUGCUUCGAGAAAGUGGAGAACAAGUCCAGUGGCUCCUCGCGCAAGGGCUGCCUCUGGGCCCUGAACCUGGCUCGCAUCGACAAGAUGGAGGAGGAGAUGUAUAAGUGGAAGAGGAAAGACCUUGCGGCCAUUCACCGCAGCAUGGCCAACCCCGAGGAGUUGGACAAGCUGAUCUCAGACCGACCGGAAAGCUGCCGGCGUCCUGGCAAGCCAGGGGCACCUGAGGCCCCCGUACUGACCCAUGCCACCACGGUGGCCAUGGCCCACAGUUGCCUGGCUGUCUCCCAGCUCCCACCGCAGCCCCUGAUGACCCUGUCCCUGCAGUCGGUCCCCUUGCACCACCAGGUCCAGCCCCAGGCACAUCUGGCCCCAGACUCACCUGCACCUGCCCAGACCCCUCCCCUUAAUGCCCUACCGGAUCCGAGCCCUGGGCCCCUCCCUCAGCCGACCAUGAGCAGGGCCCCUGGGGACUUCCUCAACAUCAGCACUGACGCGAACAAUGAGGUGGAUGCCCUGGAUCCCAGCAUCAUGGACCUGGCUCUGCAGGGGAACCUCUGGGAAGAGAUGAAGGAAGACAGCUUCGGCCUGGACACACUGGGGGCUUUUGGAGACUCCACGCUUGGUUGUGACCUGGGGGUCCCGGGCCUGAACCCCGUCUCUGGCGGCAGCGAGCAGUGCUUCCCAGACGUGCAGGUGACCGGUCUCUACGCCGCGUACUCCACCCCAGACAGCGUGCCUCCGGCAGCCACUUCCACUCAGUAUCUGGGGGCGCCAGGGAACAAACCCAUAGCCCUGCUUUGAGCUGAGGGCCUCACCUGGCCCCCAAUCUGCAGCAGCUGGCCAGACCAGGCUGUUCCAGGAAGGACCCCUCCCUCCUCGAUGGUGUCUGCUGGAGGACAGUGAAACAUUCCUCUCACCCCCCACCCACCACCACAUCGCUCCUUUCCUGCCUCCCCGAGGACUCUUCUAAGUCAGGACAGGGGAGUGUCUGGCACCCCACCUUCCAUUCUCCCGCAGAACCUGAGUCAGAGGCCUGGCUGUUGGGGCUGGGGUGUUCUCCAGUCCAGCUCCUGCUGGGAGGCCCUGGAUAACCCGAGGCCCACACGAUGGUACAACCAUGAAGAUACUGCAGGGGAUUCCCCACCCGCAAACUCACUCUCCUGGGAGAAGACACCUCUUUCCACACCUCAGAGCAUGAGGCCCAGGGCUUAGAGAGGACCUCGGAUGGAACGAAGCUGGAUUUGGCGAGUAGUUGUGCCUAGCCAGCAUGCUCGCCGCUCCUGGAGGAUGUUAAAAUGUCAGCCGCUCCCAGGGCCAUGCCGAGCACUGGGACCACGUGUAAAUGUAUUUAUAUUUAUUGUGACUGUCACACCACACACGCCUCUGCAAGCCCCCGCCGCCGAGGCCGCCAGAAUGAGACACUCGCUUCCCUUCCUACCU